AAAACAGUAACACACAUACACAAACAAACAGCCAUGGAAGCUGCAAACAAGUUAGAGAUAUAUGAAGUUGGACCCUGUGAAGAUCCAUACCAGAUUGGUUACUCCAUUGGGAACCAUUUCUCUAAGCUUAUACAAAGCAGACUGUUAACAGACUCCAUUUUCAACAACCAACUUCUUCCUUUUGCUCAAAGCCCACAAGCAUGCUCUCUCCUUCAAUCUCUAUCCGUAAACAACGAAACCAAGUUCCCGGAUUACUGGAAUGAAAUGCGGGGAAUCGCUCAUGGGUCUGGCGUCCCGUUUCUUCAUAUUAUGCUUUUGAACUUUCGGAAAGAGAUACUCCCGUUUGUCCCGAAGAUGGAAAAGGUGGAGGAUGAAGAGACGAUUGAUGAUUGCUCGGAUGUUCUUGUUGUUAGUGACACAAUGGCGGUUGCGGUUCAUAAUGAGGAUGCUAAUGUCGCGCUUGUUGGCCAUACGUAUCUGAUUAAAGCAACACUAUCUAAUGGACAAUCUUACACAGCUUACACCUAUGCGGGCGAGCUCCCGAGCUGUGCAUUUGGUUUCAACAACCAUGGUCUGGCAUUUACACUAAACUCGGUUCCGCCAGCCGAAUCAGAGAUUGUGGCGGGUGGGAUUGGCCGAAACUUCAUUUCUCGCGACCUUCUUGAAGCAACAAGCCUCGACGAUGCAGUUACUAGGAUUCGUUCAUCGCUAGUUUCAGUUGGGCAUAGCUAUAAUCUAAUCGACGUGAACUUACGUAGAAUCCUGAAUGUCGAGACUGCUUCAAGUCAACGACUUUCAGUUCACGAAGUCGAGUCAACGCCUUUCUUUCAUGCCAAUAUGUAUCUUCAUCUUGAAGUUGACCAGGUACAUGAUCAAAACUCCAUAAGCCGACAAAACAGAGCGGAUAUGCUGCCGAAAAAGUCAAAGCAAGACCUUCUUUCACUCCUUGGAGACACAGAUGAUCAUAAGUAUCCUAUCUUUAUGCAAGGUCCGACUCUUUACACGCUAUGUACGGUUGUGAUCGAUUUGGAUGAAAGAACGCUAGCAAUAACCGAAGCUAAUCCAAGAAAAGGCGAAGCUUCUUAUGUUUUCACAAUGGCUUAAGAAUAAUUAUUUCCACAAUUCUUGUAAGGAAUAUUAUGCAUAUUUUUGAUAAUUUAAAAGCCCGUGUAAAACCGAUACAAGAGAUGUACGUAUUGAAACUCGAAA